AAGCCGGGCGACGUGUGCGUGCCCCGCGUGAGGCUCGGGGGCCAGAGACCAGACGCAGAGCUCCCCCGCCCUGAGUGUGUGGGGUGCCGGGGUGAGGGUGGCCGCGCACCCCUUCCCACCGCUCCAGGAUGUCCAUGAGGAGCCCCAUCUCUGCCCAGCUGGCCCUGGAUGGCGCUGGCACCAUGGUGAACUGCACCAUCAAGUCAGAGGAGAAGAAGGAGUCCUGCCACGAGGCCCCCCAGAGUUCGGCCACUACAGCUGAACCCCAGCCCUCCGACCCAUCCCGGGUCCCCCAGGAUGCUGCUGACCCCCAUGCUUCAGCUCAGGACUGUAGUUCUCCAGAGCGUGACGGGUCCCCAGAGCCCAAGAGACCCGGAGCCUCUGAGGCUGCUUCCGGAAGCCAGGAGAAGCUGGACUUCAACCGCAAUUUACAGGAGGUGGUGCCCGCCAUCGAGAAACUGCUGUCCAGUGACUGGAAGGAGAGGUUUCUGGGAAGGAGCUCCGUGGAAACCAAAGAUGUCAAAGCAGGGACCCAAGAGAGCCUGGCAGAGAAGGAGCUGCAGCUUCUGGUCAUGAUCCACCAGCUGUCCACCUUGCGGGACCAGCUCCUGACAGCCCACUCAGAGCAAAAGAACAUGGCAGCCAUGCUCUUUGAGAAGCAGCAGCAGCAGAUGGAGCUGGCCCGGCAGCAGCAGGAGCAGAUAGCCAAGCAGCAGCAGCAGCUGAUUCAACAACAGCAUAAGAUCAACCUCCUCCAGCAGCAGAUCCAGCAGGUCAACAUGCCUUACGUCAUGAUCCCAGCUUUCCCUCCAAGCCACCAGCCUCUACCUGUCACCCCUGACUCCCAGCUGGCUUUGCCCAUUCAGCCCAUCCCCUGCAAACCAGUGGAGUACCCGCUGCAGCUGCUGCACAGCCCCCCUGCCCCGGUGGUGAAGAGGCCGGGGCCCAUGGCCGCCCACCACCCCCUGCAGGAGCCCUCCCAGCCCUUGAACCUCACAGCGAAGCCCAAGGCUCCUGAGCUGCCCAGCGCCUCCAGCUCCCCCAGCCUGAAGAUGGGCAACUGCGGGCCUCGCCCCCCCAGCCACGGGGCCCCCACAAGGGACCUGCAGUCCAGCCCCCCGAGUCUGCCUCUGGGCUUCCUUGGUGAAGGGGAUGCUGUCACCAAAGCCAUCCAGGAUGCUCGACAGCUGUUGCACAGCCACAGUGGGGCCUUGGAAAGCUCCCCCAGCACCCCCUUUCUCAAGGACCUCCUCAGCCUGGACUCCUCUCCAGCCAAGGAGCGGCUGGAGGACAACUGUGUGCACCCGCUGGAAGAAGCCAUGCUGAGCUGCGACGUGGACGGCUCUCGCCACUUCCCUGAGUCUCGGAAUAGCAGUCACAUCAAGAGACCCAUGAAUGCCUUCAUGGUGUGGGCCAAGGAUGAGAGGAGAAAGAUCCUCCAAGCCUUCCCGGAUAUGCACAACUCCAGCAUCAGCAAGAUCCUCGGCUCCCGCUGGAAGUCCAUGACCAACCAGGAGAAGCAGCCCUAUUAUGAGGAGCAGGCGCGGCUGAGCCGGCAGCACCUGGAGAAAUACCCCGACUACAAGUACAAGCCUCGGCCCAAGCGCACCUGCAUCGUGGAGGGCAAGCGGCUGCGCGUGGGCGAGUACAAGGCCCUGAUGAGGACCCGGCGCCAGGAUGCCCGCCAGAGCUACGUGAUCCCCCCACAGGCCGGCCAGGUGCAGAUGAGCUCCUCAGACGUCCUAUACCCUCGGGCAGCAGGCAUGCCCCCGGCACAGCCCCUGGUGGAGCACUGUGUCCCCCACAGCCUGGACCCCAACAUGCCUGUCAUCGUCAAUACCUGCAGCCUCAGGGAGGAGGGUGAGAGCACAGAUGACAGGCACUCGGUGGCCGAUGGCGAGAUGUACCGGUACAGCGAGGACGAGGACUCGGAGGCUGAAGAGAAGAGUGAUGGGGAGUUGGUGGUGCUCACGGACUGAUCCCAGCUGGCUGGGCCUGGCCCUUUCCUCACCGGGGAAGACCUUGGCCCCAACCCAAUGGGCACAGCCCGCCGGCCUGAACUCUGUUGGUACUUGGACUUGGGUAUGUCUGGAGAUGGGCAAAGCCGUGCACUUGUAGAUACAGAUACGUUCCUCUUCCCACCACACCUUCUGCACACCUGAGGAGCUGUCGGCCUCAGGGGUGGGGCUUGCAUGGCGGUGAUGAGCCGAGCCGGCUGAGCUCCUUGGCUCUUAGGGCUGAUGGCCAGGGACACUGGAUGACCCUUUUCUCUUGCAGGUCUACCCACCUGGGGGGUUGGCAGCUAUACACCUGUCUCCCCGGGUCACAUGCUUUGUUCCCAUUCUUGUCCUGGCUGGACCAGCCACCAUGGGACCAACACCCCCUCCCACACUCCCCUAGAUCACUCCUCUGUCACCAGGAUCACUUUGUACUUUGUGCAAACAGGUCUGACUGUCCCUUGGGCGUCUUUAUCUCUGCUAAGCCCAUUGUGCCUCUGGCUGCUGUGUGUGAGCGCGUGCAUUUUCUCUGUUCAGUCAUUGCACAAGAUAUUUAUUGAGUGCCCGCUAGGUGCCAGGCACUGCUGCUGAGUCCCUGCAGAUGUCUCUUCCAUGCCACUCUUGCUUCUCUGGGGGCCUCCUCUGUGCUUCUCUUCGUCCCCAAAUUGCUACCUCUUUGUCUGGGUGUCUCAGGUUCCGUGUGUCCUGUGUGCAUUUCUCUGUCCUUGUCUUGCUGCAAGGCCCUCUUUCUCUCCCUUUCUCUAGCCCUGAACCCCACCCCACCCCCAGGCCCCCCUGGAUUCUCUGGGUCUCUGUAGGCCCCUGGACUGCCCUGGGCCGGCGGCCUCCCUGACUUCCUGCCUGCGUCUUCUCUCCCUCUGACUCUGCCAGUCAAUUCCCACAGAGCCUUUUUUAGCUCCCAGCAGCAUGAGAAUGUGCCUCCUCCUCCAAAGGCUUUGUCCUGAUGCCCCAGCCCCGGGGCCCAGCCUGUGUUCCAGGAGUGAGGCCAGGAGGACUGAUGGUCAGUGGCAGAGGCCCUGGAGGGGGGCCCCAGAGCAGAUGGUCCCCAUCCUCCCUCAUGAGCACUGGGUGGGUGGUGGGUGGGUGGCAUCCAGGCCUGCCACUCCCCGUCUGAUCCUCUCCCUGAUCCUGGGUUCUAGGGAACAGGUCUCAGCCCCUGUUCAGCUUCACAAGUUAUUUCCCUAAGAAAAUCAAAUCCCAUUGGCACCUAACUCCAAAGAGCUGGAACAGCCCUAGGAUCAGGGUGGUGACUCUAAUCCCACAGGGCCAGAGGUGGAGUCCCGUGCCUGCCUCCCGUUUUCUGCCCUCCCCAUCACCCCCACGUCUCUCCAGGCUGUUUCUUUUUUAUGACUGUAAACAUAGAUAGUGCUUUAUUUUGUUAAUAAGAUAACGAUGAGUAACUUAACCAGCACAUUUGUUUUCUGAUGGCAUAAUAAAGACAGACCAUUUCAGAA